AUGAUAAAAGCAGUUACAGAUAUCACCAUCGACACCAAUAUUUGUUUCCCAUCAUAUACCCCUGAUCCCCUAGAUCUUGCUCCAGAUGAACUCAAUCAAGAUGUUCGCACAGAUUUUCACAAUCUUCCCUUCCAAUUUAUUGUCCCUGGGUAUUCCAAUGCCCAUCAGGGUCAACAAUACCUACAUGUCAAUCAUUCAUUUUUGUUCCAGGAGCUUCGAUUUUCUACCUUCCAGAAGAAAUGCCCAAAAGGUGGACCUCUCAUUGGACCGGUGGAACCCAAGUCCCCUCACCAACAUUUCUGCUUUGUCAACCACAUCAUGGGCCAUCUAGUACAGAGCUUUAAUAACACUCCGUCUAUACCUGGACAUUUCUUCACUGUCCCAUGCAAGACUAGAUGUCCAGAAGAUGCACCUACCCCUCCAACGUCUUCGAUACUAUCAACCUCAACCUCAUCCUCUUUAUUGAUGAUGGCGUCCUCUGGCUCUGGUGCUAGUCUGUCCUCAUUUACUAGUGCUGUUCCUCAAUAUCAUAAUAGUAAACACUCUGCAUCACCUUCAACUGGAAUUAUUAUGUUGUCAGGAAAUGCACUGGCUGGUCGAGUUCCUUGGUAUCUGAGUAGAGACUGUUCUGUAUCACCCCGUCCAUUACAGCAGGGACGACACCAAAGGACCCCUUCCCCAUCAUCUGAAAGUCUGAUUCUACAGUGUGCUCCUGCAUCUGCCUCCAAUAUCCAUUUGCAGCCAACAUUGUCACCCAUCUCACCGACUCUCCACCUCCUACCUGAUGUCAUGCCUGAUAGGUUAUCAGGAUCAGCCACCCCCCUAAUCUCUUUCUGUGCAGGGAAUAUUCAUGAUCUCUUCGAUCUAUCACAGGCCAUUCACUCCUCUGCUGACCAGGCCUAUUCUGAUUCUACCCUGUGCAUAGAGGCUAAUACUAUAACCAAUGCAGCCAAUGGCAUGAUUAAUGUCUUCCAACAUUACUACAUGUGGCUCAGUAAAGGCAAUGCUUUUGACUCAGAUGCAUUAAAUUUUACCAAUCCUGACCUGCAUGACACUUUUUCUAUCUACCGAUGGGAGAGCCUGGUGAAGCAUGAUCUUACUGUCGGUGACAUGAAGUCCAUAUUUUCAAUCCCUGUAUGGCAUUUUCAAGCAUAA